GCUGCCAUGCCAACCUUUUCUAUGCUGAUGCUCCCAAGCCACAGUUGGAAGUGCUGACCGAUGUUUUCUGGGAUUACAUUGCCAAGGCCACACAGACAGCUGAUGAUACACUCCAGAUGAUAAGAAACUCUCCAAUUGGACAAGAAGUCAAUGCCCGGCUGACAGAAAGCGCUGACUUAGCCAGCAAGUAUGCAGUCACCCUCCAGGAACAGCUUCAGCCUGCAGCCCAGGACCUGAUCACCAAAGUUACCACAGAGGCUGAUGUGUUGAGAGAACGUGUCACGCAGGAACUAAACACAGUCAAGGAGAAGCUCCAGCCCUACACUGAGAACAUGCAGACCCAGGUUCAUCAGAGAGUGGAGCAGCUCAAGCAAGAGUUGGUUACUUAUGCAGAUUCCCUGGACUCUGAAGCCCUAAGGACCACCCUGAUGCAGAAGAGUGAGGAGCUAAAGACCAGCCUGGAGCAGAGUGUAAAGGAUCUGCAGUCUCAACUGGGUCCCUACACAGAUGACCUGAAGCAGAAAGUGGACCAGCACCUGCGGGACUUCCAAAAACGUGUUGCCCCUAUGACUGAAAAAGUCCAUGUAGAGCUCACUCACAGAGCGCACCUGGUGAAACAAAUGGUUGCCCCUUAUGCAGAAGACCUUAAGGAAAAGCUUGACCCCUAUGCCCAAGACCUCCAGGCCCAACUCAUGUCCCUCUACCAGUCCUUUGUCAACACAAACUAAGUCACCCUCCAUCUACUAUAUCAUUUUCAAAGAUACCGGACUUGCUGGUCUACCUCUGUUUUGAAGGAAUACAAUAAUUGAAUAUCUGUCUUGUACUGUAAACAAUAUCAAAGUCUUUGCACCCCACCACCACAUUAUUUAUGGAUAAGUGCAAAAAUAUUAAAACAAAUCCCUGCACUUAUCAAAAAUGUAAAUAUUCCGGUUUUAUUGUGUUGUGAAGUUUGAAACUGUGACCCUUUUGUAAUUUCACUAAGUUAUCUGAAAUAAAUACAAAAAUCUGGAAAUUAUUCAUCUGGCUAACUUUUGAAUCG